AUGGCGAAAAACGCUGUGUUGGUUCCCCUCUUCCUGGCUACCGCCUGGGGCUCGACGAUUGGAGAGAGAACCACCACAUGCAGGACUGAAGGAGUUAGCAUCAUAGAAAGCAAGGCGAUGUAUGCACGCAUUCCUGACAUCUUUGCAGUUCGACAAACCCAACUCUUUGCUGGGACGACUCGUCCCCAUCGCCCCUUUCGCCGGGGUGGGCACAGGCACGUACGACGAGUUGAAAUAUUCCGCCGCCGUGAGAAUCCGCACCAGAACACCAACGACGUCCUCGCCCCGGGCGUCCAACCCAGGUCCGAACCCAACGUCGCCGUCCUCGGCACCGUCGGCACAACCCUCGACUACCUCUACAACCGCCUCUUCCGCGCCCUCGUGGGCAUAACCUCCCUGCAACCCUCCACAACCAUAACGCCCGUCGCCGGCAAACUGAAAUCCUUCGACCUCAAAUCCCUCUGGAUCGCCUGCGGCACCACCGCCGCGCAGGCCGCGAGUCUCUCCCUGCCCUGCACGGUGGCUGUGACGGGCACGGAUAGGUAUGCGAGAGUUAAGUCGACGGAGACGAUUGCGUUUGGGCCGGAUCAGCUGUAUAAUUCUACGAUGGGGUUGAAGGAGUUUGAUGGGUGGAGUGAGAUGGUGAGCGUCAGGAUUACGGUUGUGGAGAGUGGGUUGCCGGCGGUGGGCGUGACGAAUUUGUUUUUUGAUGAUUUGAGGUAUUGUGCGCGGUAUGUUUAG